CAGCAGCAGCGUCAGCAGUAGCAGCAGCGGCGGCCAACUCGAGUGUCAGGGCAUCAUGAAGAGCCCAGCGCCCGCCGUGUCGCCAUCAACAACAGCAGUAGCCACUGCCGCUGAGGGCGCCGUAGGACCGAAGGUGUUCAACGAAAAGGUUUUCCGCGCGAAAGGCUUCAGCUCCAUCAAGGUGGCGGAAGGAGCGCGCGUCGUAGCCGCAACGAACAGUAAAUCUCGCCUGGCCAUUCCUCCGAGUUAUCCAGCGCCUACUUCUUGUUCGAGUGCACCGUCUUCGCGCGAGGGUGUAUUCUUUCCUGCGACGGCUGCAUCGCGGAGGAUCUGUGAACGCACUCCAAUACCUAGUCCAUCGAACCGCAGCGACCUCGCUUCAAUACCAAGUCCACCUAAGCUCGGGGCUCUUUCUUCAUCGACGGAGACGGGGCGCAAGGCGACGGGCGGCGGCGAAAAUAAACAUGUUGUAUUCCGGGUAAGACGCUCUCGGUCUAAUGCAUCGGAUAGGGUUAAACCAAAGGGGACGCCUGCUCAGAGGUCCAACCGGCAUAGGGGUACGCCAUCGGCACCGUCGGCGUCAUGUCCGACUCCAGCCAAGCAAACAAAAGUGAUCUCUGACAACAUGAUCGCUCCGCAGCAAACAAAGGGCUUCGAUUCUGAUACCGUGACACGCGGCGUUAGCGACUCCAGCAAUAGGCGAAGGACGGAGACGGCGCCUGCCAAAGUACGGCCGCCCUCGCCAAAUGUGUUCCCACCACCGGUUAAUGCCCCCCCACCACCGAAGUAUGCCCCACCACCGUAUUAUCCCCCACCACCAGAUUAUGCCGAAGUACGGCCGCCCUCGCCAGUCGUGUCCCCGCCACCGCACUACGACGGUUCCCUUAGUAUUGGCGUUGCGAAAUCGAUGUUCGACGGCGCCGGCCUCCCGAAAGAAGCCCUCUCUCCGCACUCAACAGGCUUCAAGUCCGUCUCCGUCGAGGAAAACAAGUGGCCGCCGGCGCCGCCCCUACCGUCUUCAAGGAAAAUUGCCACGCGCUCGGAGGUGCCGGAUCAGCGGAAGAACCUUCACGUCGAUGCGACGGGCUUCAGACGACAUGAUGUGCAGUGGAGGGAGGGCCCCGGCGAAGCGGUUUUGGCGGGUGCGGGUGGUUUGGCGACUCUGGGGAAGGGGAAAAGUAGCAGCAGCAGCAACAACAGUAGCAGCAGGAGAUCCAAAUUAAACCGCACACGACAGGGAAGGCGGCGGGGCGAGGCGGGAGGAAUAAGCGAGCCGAGGGGAGGGUGAAGCUACAGGAGAUGGUGUUGGACAGCACGUUGCAUGGUUGUGAGCAUGGUUGAGGUCCGCGAGAGAUCAUGGAGGAGUUCGUCGAUCAAGCGCGGGGCCUGUUGCCACAUGGAAGACUUUCUGGGGAAUCAUGCACCCAGCUGCUGAAAAGGAUAAUUGUAAGGGAUGGGGUAUGCAUCUGCGUGUGCUCGACGAUGCCAUUGUGAUAAUUCAGGUUGCAACUAAUUAAUCUGUCGCGAUGUGUCAGGGGUCAGCCGAGAGGCUUUUUUUCAUGCGAAGGUCUACUAUUCGGUUAUGAUGUAGGGGGCAGUCGACAGACACGAGAGGUAGAAUAAUCGGAACAGAUCGAGCCGUGUUUGCCACGCCCUGUCUUUGUGUGCACUUGUGUGCGGUGGCGUGUGCGCGUUUUCGUGUUUGCGUGUUCUUUAUCUUCCUCGCGCACAGGCAUGUAUAGCAUGUACCAAAGCGCUCUGGCGGAGUGUUUGCUGCACCUGGGACAUUCAGCUGCAAAGACAGAAGGGGUAUUUGCUGUGGCGAGCGAGGUCGCAGGACUGGGAGGAACUUGUUUUUAGGACACUCAGUAGUGUUCGGAGGAUGCUAAGUGUUUUCUGUUUCGCGUUGACCGUGGGCUUUCGUUUUCUCCAUCUGUGGAGCGAAUUUGUGACGAGAAACUCUCUCUUCUUUCGUGGAGCAUUUCGUUCGACAAGAAAACCCUCUGAAAUGCCGUUGUGUCAAAUGCUUGUUUGGCACGGGGGUGAAGACUUUCCUGCAGCGAGAGUCUACCGUAUAUGUGGGCGGAUGCGUAUCAUAACUCCUUCGUUGGUCGAGGUUCGAUGAUCGAUUGCCCCAUAAGAGAUUACUAGUGCCAGUGACGAGGAGGGAGGGCCCUGGAAUUUGCGAGGGGUUUCGUUCUUGAGAGUUUUCCUAGCACGCCUCGUUGGCUCUUGACAACCUCUUGGCUAUGGAGCGAUGGAUCGGCUUUGACAACCAGCACUAGGGGGAUUGAUGGUGUUGGUAUCGAUCUGCUAGCGGGAUUAUUUCGUUUCUACCCUUUGCGAGAGUGGACACGGGCUAAAUAUGUGAAAGUAUAUGAUUCUUGUCAGAAACCGAGUGCUGGUGUUGGGAGGGUUGGAGUCCUUCUCUUUGAUACGCUUGUUGUGUGUUUUUAUUUUUUUAAUUUUUUUGCUUCUUUCCAGGCAUAGAUGAAGAAAAAAAACCCCGGGCUUAUGACUCUUGCCCUCCCAGGUGCCGGGGGCACUGUCCGUGUGACACCAGUAUACUUCGUACCCCGCUGUUGUCGCCCUCGCGUGUGUU